AUGUUUCAAAUUCCACUGUUUACGAACAUGCUUCUCACUUGGACACUGGCAAAUGCUGUCGUAGCCGGGACCACGACACCACCCGGUUUCACUCCUUCUUGUGACAGCCUUCUUGGUGUCCUAUAUGGCAACACUUCAAUUACCCCGGGCAUGACCAUUGAAACUUCCACUGUUUCAACUGCUCCAAGCCUCAUGUUGCCAAUUCAUAAUAGAAACGAUACAUAUGUUGUGUUGCUAGCGGAUCUCGAUGGUACUCUGAACAAUCAAUCUGGAUUGUUGCACUGGCUAUAUCAAGACGGUGCUGUUCGCGAUGAUGGCACCAUUUUCAACUCGACAAGUCUUGCGGUUUAUGUUGGCCCAUCACCACCAGCUGGGGAGACGCACCGAUAUUUGUUUCUCGCCUUCUCCCAGCCAGAAAAGUUCGCGACGAGUAUCAACUACGAUGCCGAUAUACCCAUCAGUAGAGCUGGAUUCAAUCCUCAGGCAUUUGCCAAUCAGACGGGCCUUGGUCUUCCUUAUGCGGUAAACUACUUUCUAGUUUCAGGCACGUCCUCCAAUACAACGACUACAGCGUCCUCGCCGGUGGCUACAGUGACUUCUACGUUUGUCUCAGUGGCAUUAUCGGCCACGCAGAUGAAUAGUGCAAUGCUGGUUUCUGCCGUAUUUGGAAUCAGCGCAAUAUUUGUAGCGCUUUGA